GACCCAGGCGUACUCGUCUCUCUCCCAUCCUGUUCCUCAGCCGUGGAGCUCGGUCGGGUUUGGGUGGGUCUGGACAGCGGCGGCACCGGUAGCAGCAAUAGUGACAGUGACCGCGUGAGGCCCGGACGGAAAUGGCGAUGGCGAUGUCGGACAGUGGGGCGAGCCGCCUGCGGCGACAGCUGGAGUCGGGGGGCUUCGAGGCGCGGCUGUACGUGAAGCAACUCUCGCAGCAGUCGGACGGGGACCGAGACCUGCAGGAGCACCGGCAGCGCAUCCAGGCGCUGGCGGAGGAGACGGCGCAGAACCUGAAGCGCAACGUCUACCAGAACUACCGGCAGUUCAUCGAGACGGCCCGCGAGAUCUCCUACCUGGAGAGCGAGAUGUAUCAGCUCAGCCACCUGCUGACCGAGCAGAAGAGCAGCCUGGAGAGCAUCCCGCUCACCCUGCUGCCGGCUGCUGCCGCCGCUGGCGCCGCCGCGGCCUCCGGAGGGGAGGAGGGAGGAGGCGGCGCGGGCGGCCGAGACCCCCUCCGCGGCCAGGCUGGCUUCUUUCCCGCCCCCGGGGGCGCCUCCCGCGACAGUUCCGGUCCGGGCGAGGAAGGAAAGCAGCGCACUCUCACCACUCUGCUUGAGAAGGUGGAAGGCUGCAGGCACCUGCUGGAGACGCCGGGACAGUACCUGGUGUACAACGGGGACCUGGUGGAAUACGAUGCGGACCACAUGGCCCAGCUGCAGCGGGUACACGGCUUUCUCAUGAACGACUGUCUGCUGGUGGCCACCUGGCUGCCACAGCGGCGGGGGAUGUACCGCUACGACGCCCUCUAUGCCCUAGACGGUUUGGCUGUGGUCAACGUCAAGGACAACCCGCCCAUGAAGGACAUGUUCAAGCUGCUAAUGUUUCCCGAGAGCCGUAUUUUUCAGGCAGAAAAUGCUAAAAUCAAACGAGAGUGGCUGGAAGUGCUGGAGGAAACCAAGAGGGCCCUCAGUGAAAAAAGACGAAGGGAGCAGGAGGAGGCAGCGGCCCCUCGAGGGCCACCCCAGGUGGCUUCCAAGGCCAGUAACCCAUUCGAGGAUGAAGAAGACGACGAGCCAGCUGUUCCUGAGGUAGAGGAAGAGAAGGUGGACCUGUCAAUGGAAUGGAUCCAGGAGCUGCCUGAAGACCUGGAUGUCUCUAUUGCCCAGAGGGACUUUGAAGGGGCGGUCGACCUGCUGGAUAAGUUGAACCAUUACCUGGAAGAUAAGCCCAGCCCCCCUCCUGUAAAAGAACUAAGGGCCAAAGUGGAUGAGCGUGUGCGACAGCUCACCGAGGUGCUAGUUUUUGAACUCUCCCCAGAUCGUUCCCUGAGGGGUGGUCCCAAGGCCACUCGCAAGGCCGUUUCUCAACUAAUCCGGCUGGGCCAGUGCACGAAGGCUUGUGAGCUGUUUUUGAGAAACAGGGCAGCAGCUGUGCAUACUGCCAUCCGUCAGCUUCGCAUCGAAGGUGCCACUUUACUGUACAUUCAUAAACUAUGCCACGUCUUCUUUACCAGCCUUCUUGAGACUGCGAGGGAAUUCGAGACGGAUUUUGCAGGCACUGACAGUGGCUGCUACUCCGCCUUUGUGGUCUGGGCGAGAUCAGCCAUGGGCAUGUUUGUGGAUGCUUUUAGCAAGCAGGUGUUUGACAGUAAGGAGAGCCUCUCCACAGCAGCUGAGUGCGUAAAAGUGGCGAAGGAGCAUUGUCAGCAGCUGGGGGACAUCGGACUAGACCUCACCUUCAUCAUCCAUGCCCUUCUGGUGAAAGACAUCCAAGGGGCCUUGCACAGUUACAAAGAGAUCAUAAUCGAAGCCACUAAACAUCGCAACUCGGAGGAGAUGUGGAGGAGGAUGAACUUGAUGACCCCAGAGGCCCUGGGUAAGCUCAAAGAGGAGAUGAAGAGUUGUGGUGUGAGUAACUUUGAGCAGUACACCGGGGAUGACUGCUGGGUGAACCUCAGUUACACAGUGGUGGCCUUUACCAAGCAGACCAUGGGCUUCUUGGAAGAGGCGCUGAAGCUGUAUUUCCCCGAGCUGCACAUGGUACUUUUGGAGAGCCUGGUGGAAAUCAUUUUGGUUGCUGUUCAGCACGUGGAUUACAGUCUUCGCUGUGAGCAGGAUCCAGAGAAGAAGGCUUUUAUCAGACAAAAUGCAUCCUUUCUUUAUGAAACAGUCCUCCCCGUGGUGGAGAAAAGGUUUGAAGAAGGUGUGGGGAAACCUGCCAAGCAGCUCCAGGACCUGAGGAAUGCGUCUAGACUUAUUCGUGUGAAUCCUGAAAGUACCAUGUCGGUGGUCUGAUGCUUGGAUCUGUUUAUAUGCAUACGUAUAUAUUGCUUAUAUAUUAUUUAUAUUUAUAUUAAGUUGCAUUAGCAUAUUCUUUAUAGUCUCAAACACAGCUUAAAAAUAAAAGAUGUCCUCUCAGAAAGGCAAAAUCAAAAGGAGAAAGAAAAAAAUGUUAAAUUAAGCCAAAAUAACAAAAACAUUGGAAUUAUUAAAAUAUUUAAUAUGCUUUCCUUUUAAAUUACACCCACUCUCUAAUGAAUAUAUUAUCACAUUAUAGCAUUUCAGCUUAUCCUUUGAGUCAAAAUACACCUUCUCACAGUAUAUAUUAUGCAGCACAGAGAAAUAAUAUCUAUAAAUACAUAGAGUUUAUGUUGUGAAAAGUUUCCCAAUUCACUAAAAUAUUAGGUUUCUUAAAGGAUACAAUGCCAUAUAAAAUACCGUUUCAUAUACUUCCUUAAAAUGCUUAAUAUACUUCACCUUAAAAUGUGAUUGAACAGUUUGGGGAAACGGAAAGAGGAGUUGAAGAAUUUGGUUUCAGGGUAAAUUUCGGUCAAAAGAAUACAUUCUUGAGAGUAGCUAGUGUGUGGACUCAAAUACUCCUCGAUCCUAGAAUACAAGAGGAAGCGUGCAUGAAAACAGUUCAGAUGUUUCCAAUGUAAUUUGCACAGCUACUGAUUUUCAGCUGCUAAGUAGCAGCCUUGUAGUAUUUGAUUUGGGAGCAUUUACUUGAAAAUCUUAAGGAGUGUGAUAAAUAUUUUUUUUCAACAUAUUCGUGAAUUGUGUGAAUUUCCAGCUGGAGCUUUGUCUUUUCAUAUAAAAAUAAUAAAAAACAGGACGCAUUCAGGAACCUGGCGGCAGCAGUGGUUUUUAGCUGCCCUCCCCCACUGUCAGCGUAAGGUACAGAGUGGCUCAGACUCCUGCCAGUGGGGAAAAGUUUUCAUUGAAAGAUUUAUUUCGAUUUCAGCGUCUGGGUGGAUGGGAAAUUAGAAAAAAGCCUGUGCAAACCGCAGUGUUCCCUGUAUGACUGCUUUGGGCGGAGGUUUGUGUUUAUUUUUUUGUAACAAAGUGGAGAUCAGAAAGGUGAGACAAUGUUCCCAUGCGAAGGAUGGGAGGAACCUCCCUGACUCCCGUUGAAAUGCUCCAGGCCGCAGUUUUCUUGUUUCAGUUUUUAUUUUCCUUGCUGUGUUUUUAAAGUGAGUAUAAUGCUUACUUCAGAUCGUUUAGUAAAACAAAAAUAACUAAAGACGUUUGAGCUUCCCGGGGUUCUAACCUAUUGCUUUUACUGUACACUGAUGGUGUAACAUUCCUCAUACUUGGAGAGAAAUCGUGCUAAGAUCUGUUUCUUCCCUGGCUUCUAGUUGUGAUUCCUGUCCUAAGUGCCAUUUCUGAUGCUGAUGACUUCAAAAGGUCAUUUCUUUUAUCUGAAUACAAAUAGUGGUAUUAAGACUGUGGAAAUUAUGUAAAACCUAAAAUAGCUGGCAAAUGGUGGCUUAGGGAGGGUCGUAGAGCUCCUUGACUUAAGGACUCAGAUGCCAGCUGAGCCCUUUUAUUUUCUUUUUAGCUAUGCAUAUUUAAAAGGCUGAAAAUGAUCAAAGUUACAGAUUUUCUUUGAUUUUUUCGUAUAACUUUAGGGUUUUCUCGAUAAUAGCCAUAACUGGAUAUUUCAGCUAGUCAAAAACAGUUAUCAUUUGUCAUUUUUAAGAUCACUGGAAACUUGAAUAUGAUCAAAAUUUUGUGAUUACUUUGUGCCACUUACAGUUUCUGAAAUUAUAUUGUAUGAAACACUUACUGUGUAAAUAUUUGAUGCUGGGUCCAUGAAAUGAUACUUCUGAAAUCAAAACUUCUCUGAAGGCGUGAAGUUGUAAAAACGUAAAUGUGUAUGCCAGAUAUGUCUGCUUUUUAAAACUGGAAGUACAGAAUUUUCUUCUGUUAGAAUUUGUUCCUCAAUCAAAGUUGUAGCCGAAGGAAGUAGCUUUUGGUGAAUGAAUUAGUGUGGGAAGUUGAUUAAAGACCACCCGUGUCGUAAUGUCCCUUUUCACCAAGACAGAGCAAUGACAUUGCGUUCCUCAAAGCGAGUCACAGCUCUUCUGAUUCCUGUUUCAUCAGACUCCCAAACAAGUCCUAAAAAUUGAAUGCAGUUACAGAUUGUCCAAAAAUAUAGCACAUACUGUAAUAUACCACUUGAGCGUCAAUUGCCUUUUCUUGUCUUCUUGAAAUAUAACACUCGCUUGAGCUUGGAAUCAUAGACUUGAUUGGAAUAAUUACUGUUGAAAAAAGACACCCUGUGGAAUUAAGUAUCUUUUUGAUUAAAGCCUCAUUUCAUUAAGUGCUGAAGACGUACUUAUUUUUGUGUAAAAUGCUACCUAUCAUUACAUGAUCAGCACUUGUAUCUUGCAACUGGCUUACGCAGGAUUGGGAAUUGGGCCUUGACGUGGAGAAUAAAAUCAGCCUGUGUACAUUUUGCUAUUGAUAUGCUGUGAUAUGAGGGAAUCUGAAAUGUUUUAUCAAAAUAAAGCUUAAAAUUUUUCUUACACUGGAUGAAAUUGACUGAUAUUACAAUGUUAUAUCUAUUUCUCUUCUUCAUCAGAAUUUAAUAUUCUUAUGCAGUUGCUACUGAAAUACUGUUUUACGAGUCUAUGUUGUGUUUUUGUUUUGUUUUCCUAUAUGGAGAUGAUAGAUAGGAAGCUGUUAGCUAAUUUAUGUAAGUGUUCUUAUUCUUAUCAGAAUUGUGAAUAAAUCAGGUCUCAGUUUUUUUGGGAUUUUCUUGAAUGGGAAACUUCAGAUAUGCCAAAUGUGAAUUUACUUAAAAAGUGGAUUUUAUACCAUCUGCACAGCCCUAAAUGAGGAAAAUAUAAUGUAGAAUAUGUGACUUAGGAACUAGGAUCAUAAAUGACAAGGGUGUGGUUUUUUAAAUAAUAGGUAGAUAGGGAACUGUCACAUAUAAUUGAUUUAAAAGGAUUUUUAUUGAAUGCUGUGCCUCACAUUGACUAUAAUGUGGGGUGAGGAGGACAACAUACAUUUAAGCAUACUUUCUCUUGAGAUGCUUAGAAAGUGGAAAAACUAGAGAAUAAAAAAUUGGAAGAAAUAAAUUAGAGAGUAAAUGCAAAACAGUGUGUUGCAAAUUAAAUUAAUUUAAAUAAUUGAAUGCAAAUAGUGCGUUGCAAAAAAAGAAACACUCAGCGGGUUGUGUUAAGUACUGUGGGAUACUGAGAGGGAAGAGAGCAGGAUUGCUUUGAGCAGUUGGAAAAGUCCUCGUGGAAUUGUUGGCAUUUGAGAUGAUCCUUGGAGAAGGGACAAGAUUUAGAUGUUGGAAGAAGAAGGAAGAGCAUGACAGGAGCAAAGACAGAAAGGGGGGCUCGGGAGGCAUAUGUGCGACGUGCUCGAAUGGCGGACAGAGAGGGCGGCGGACGGUUUUGUUAAAGUAACGUUGCUGUCACAGAGCCAUCGCAGAUGUUUUCAAUAUUAGAGGAAAGAAGCGUUAUGUAAGCAAGUCAUGCUUAUUCAGAAAGCUUCAAUCCCCGCAGAGGGGUGUGAAGUAAAAAAUCGGAGUCAUCCCACCUCCCCAGGCCCCAGCGACCCCACUCCCCAGGGGCAACUCCUGGUAAGAGUUCCUGCUACAUUUUUUUCCCAGAAAUUGGAUCAUACCUACAUACUGUUCAGCAUCUUGCUUGUAUUCACUUACCACAUUCAGUACUUUUCAGAUUCUUCUUACAUCGGUACCUAUAGCGGUACCUCCCUGGGUUUGUUUUUUUCUGAUUGCACAGUGGUCGGUCACAAUGGAUGAGUCUAUCACGAUUUUGCACUUUCCAAUUACGUUGUUGGCUUCGGGUUUUUGUGAUUACAAAGAAUCCUGAAAAGAAUGCCCUGUACAUGGAUCUUCGCUUACAUCUGGGAAUAGUUCUAUAGGAUGUAUUUCUAGAAAUUGCUGUGCCAGAUCAUACAUUUUAAAUUUAGGUAAACGUUGUCAAAUCACUCCACAGGCAGGCUGCACUAUUUUACAUUGUCCCAACAGCAUGGAAAAAUUCGUUUCCCCAGAUGCUCAUCAGCAUGUAUUCAUUCACUUUUUAAUAAUAAGAUCAUUCUUAUUAGUAACGAGAUUUAUUCAUUUUUACUAAUCUUAUCUGUGAAAAAAGUGUCUCGGCUUUUUGGUAAUUUUUGUAAAGUUGAGCAACUUUGUGUAUUUCUUUUUUUAUUAAGCUACUUAUGUCCUUUGCUAUUUGUUUCGUAGAUUAUCUUUGUAUUAGGAUCUUGUGGGGAUUUAUUGUCAUUUAUGAAAUUCGUCCUGUGUACUAA